AUGCGCUCCGCAGAUCUCGCGGUGAUUAAAGUCAUCGCUUUUUACAUGAAAUUCCCGGGGUUCUGGCCACUCGAGUCCGUGCACGCGAAGUGGUGGAUGAAUUUCAUGGUGAUUUAUGCUAUUGGUAUAACACUGUUUUCGUUCUAUGUGAGUGCAACCAUCGUUUAUCAUAGUGUUGAUGAUUUUCAAAGCCUAGUGAGUGCAACUAUGAACAGCGCGAUAGUUGUUAUGGGCCUGUACAAACUCCUGCUAUUCACCUACAAGCGGCCCAUGUUCUUGGAUUUCAUCGUAUUCGUCAACAAACAUUUGUGGUACAGAUCUCACGACCAGAAUAAUGAUGAGAUUAUGAGAAAGUGCUUGAAGGAUUGUGCGAUCUACGUGAUAUUCAUAGUGAUCAUCUGCCACAUGACACUAUCGUUUUAUUUCAUCCAGCCAGUACUCGAUAAUCGAGGGAAGAAUGAGAGUGAUAGAGAGCUUCCUUUCAAAUGGUAUACGACUUUACCGGUCGAGAUGAGCCCCUGGUACGAGAUGAGCUUCACCGUACAACUGAUUUCAGUAUUUUACGUCUGCGUUUGUUACUUUUGCUUCGACGUUUUUCUCUACGGAGUCAAUCUCACGCUGGUCGGUGAGUUUAUAAUAUUACAGGAGAAUCUGAAAGGCAUCUGUCAUUUCGACGAAUCACCCGAUUCCACGUCGCAAUAUCGUGGUUGCAUCUAUUCCCAGUUCAUAAAGUGUAUCAACCAACAUCGAUUGCUGAUAUAUUGCGCUGAUAAUUUGAAAGAACUUUAUAAAAAUUGCGUUGCCAGUUUCGUUGUUGUACUGAGUAUCCUAAUAUGCCUGGCAAUGUAUCAACUCAUGACGAUUCGCGGUAAACUGUUGUCUCAGAUACAUGCCUGUAUAUAUGUGACGAAUAUCUUGUCAGAGUUGUAUUUUUUCACCGCCACCUGCGAUGAUCUAUCGCAAGCAAGUUCGGGAGUUGCUCAGGCGGCAUAUACUGUGCCAUGGAACUCCAUUAAAUCACAUGUUCUCAGGAGAAGAUUGGUGAAUGGCUUAAGAUUGGUCAUUAUGAGGUCUCAAAAGCCAUCGCAGAUGACUGUUGGCGACUUUUCACCUGUUACACUGCAAACAUUUACGUCGAUUUGUAACCUAUCGUUUUCUUUUCUGGCUCUAUUGAGGCAGAGCUAG